AUCAGCCCUCGUCCAUAUAUGGUAGCACCAGGGUCAGCACACAUCCGGAAGUUAUUUUGCACACAAGCAUCCACCGAGUACGCUGCAGGUCAGUCUCUUGAGAUAUUUAGUCCUGCUGAAAUACAAUAAAACUCAUCACCAUGUCUGGAAGUCGAGGUCUGAGAAAAGCUGCAAAGUAUGACUGGAAGCAGACUAACCUUGCCAACUUUGGCUCUGACAUUGACAAAAAAGUGAAGAAGGAGUCUGCCAAAACUGAGCCUGCAUGGCAAGGAGCUGGCAGAGCACCUGGUCUUCAAAUCUGGCGGAUUGAGCAAUUCAAAGUGAAAGAUGUGCCAAAGGAAGAUUAUGGAGAAUUCUUCAGUGGAGACUCCUACAUUAUUCUGAAUACUUACAAAGAUAAGGAUAGUGAUGAACUGCACUAUGAUGUUUACUUCUGGAUUGGAAAGUACAGCUCUACGGAUGAGUAUGGUACAGCAGCCUACAAGACAGUGGAGCUUGAUACUUUCCUUGACGACAAGCCUGUUCAACAUCGUGAAGUUCAAGGUCAUGAGAGUGAUUUGUUUAAGAGUUACUUUCCCAAGGGAAUGGUGAUAAUGGAGGGUGGUGUCAACAGUGGUUUUGUGCGGGUGGCAGACAAGGCUGAGUAUAUUCCCAGACUGACACUUGUUUCACGUGACAAGAACAAGAAGGUGGUAUUGAAAGAGGUUCCCAGAAGGCUACCACUCAACUCAGAUGAUGUCUACGUUCUAGAUGCUGGUGACAUUCUCUACCAGUGGAAUGGAAACAAGUCAAGCCCAUUUGAGCGUAAUAAGGCAAGUGACUUUAUUUGCCAAAUCAAAUCUAAGCGUGGUGAAGUUUCUUCAGUGGUUUUAGAAGAGGAUAGCACUUCGGACAGUCACCCUUUCUUUGGUUAUCUGAAUGAAGACCCUGAUGAUGAUGACGACUCUGAUAAUGAAGACCCCACAGCAGAUAACAAGCUUUAUAGAGUCAACACUGAUACCCGUGACUAUGAACUGGUGAAGGAAGGGGGCGUAACUCAGGAUGAUUUCAAGAGUGAUGAUGUUUUCAUCUUUGAUAAUGGUCAGGCAGUAUUUGUGUGGAUUGGUGCAAAUGCUUCACCUGAUGAGAAAAAGAAUGGCCUGCCCCUAGCACAUAACUAUAUUUCCAGCACUGGCCAGCCAUGGCGCCCCUUGGUUGUGCUGCGGGAAGGAACCAAGUGUGAAACCUUUGCCGCUGCUCUCCGCGGUUAAUGUGCCUACCAACAGCCUUUCUCAUUUCAAAAGUUUGCCUCAGUAACUACGUCAGUAAAUCUGGUAAACCAUGGCGACCCCUCACUGUGAUCAAGGAAGGCUCCAGAAGCGAAGCCUUUGAAAAGGCCCUUAAAGCAUAAGCUAACAUCUGUGGCUCCCAUAUCAAGGAAAAUGUCUCUCUGUGCAUCUGUUAGUAUCAACUUAGUAGAUCUCUUAUUGCUGAGUAAAUAAAGUAAGCUUGAGUUAUAGGUGCUUUGUGCUCUUAUUUGCAGCAGUGCUGCUAUAUCAGUAAUAGUUUAGUUUAUGAUCAAAGCUUUGCUCAUAUAUUAGAUGUAUUGUUGCAUAGUAGAUUGUGUACAUUAAAAAGAAAACAUUUUUGUUUUCAUUACGGCCAUGAAUAGGAAUUCUGGUGAACAAAUACUUGCAUUUGUUAGCUUAAAAUAUGCCACAUGAUGAGUGAUGAUAUUUUUUAUUCUACAGGAAUAAGAUACCAAUAUUUGAUAAUAUCAAUUAUUUCAUGUUCCGAUAAAACAUCAAGAAGUAGAAUUUGUCUGUCUAUGCUUUUUUAUGAUUAAUUUAGGAUAGAAUUAAGUGCUGAAAAUUAAAUCCCAUCUUUUAGACAGAUUAAAAUUGUUCUGAAGACAAGCAAAGGCUCUUUCUUUUGGAAUUUGACUUAUCUUGAUUUGCCCAAGAGAUUUUAAGCAAAAGUACAAGAACUAAUUAUGUAAGAUUUUUUGGUAACAAAGUGCUGGUGCUUUAUACUAUACUUUCUGUUGCUAAAUUGUUUUUGUUUUGUAAUAGCAAUUUAUACUUGGUAAUGGAUGAUACUUUAACUAUUUUUUGCAUAGCUUGCUCACUUCAUAAUUCAAGGAAAAAGGUUUUUUUUUUCUUCUAACAGAACAGUUUGUUUAAUGAAGGUCCGUGAUACUGAUAAUAUGCAACCUGCAUGUUGAGCCAGCUGCACUGACUGGUAUUUAGGGUUUCUCUGCAGUGACAUUAAUUGUGCCUUGUAAUGUAUUGCCUGGUCUUCAAAAUUGUUUUUUAAUAGACCCAAUGUUUUUUCCAUAACCACCUUUUGAAAGCAAUGAAAUUUCAUGGUAAUUUCUCCAAGUAUUGAAUUAAUUUAUUUUUAAGUAGUAGUUAUUAUUCGUCAGAAUGCAUGACUAUUUUGUAAUGGAAACUUUGUUAAAAGUCACUUCAAAAUGUUGCUAGAUUGGUUAAAAAAAACUACUUUUCAACAUUGUUGGACUCAGCAUAAGACUGCCCAAGACAUGAUCAUUCCACCUUCUUUGAAUUUGUCUUUGCCUGUCAUGGCCUACAGCGCAAAGUCCUACCCCAUUUUAUGUUAAGGAGUAGGAAAUUGUGAUUCCUGAAUGUGAGUGAAAACUUGACAUUUCUAGAAUUUGUUGUUCUUCAGUAUUUUUAAACAGGUUGUUUGAACUGGUGGUUAUGUUGUUUUUCCUUUUCUUUUGCUGUAAUGUGUUUACAGGGAUUUGUCUCAUUUUCCACCAAGUUUCUGGUCAUUUCAAAAAUAUUUUACAUUUUUAAAUAUGUUUUUGUUUAAUAUGCUUAAAUAGUGAGUUGUGAAGUGUAUUUUGAUAUUUUUUAUAGUUGCUGAUGUUAUAGGUCAGGACAUUAAAUUCUUUUUCUAUUAAGAAUACUAAGCAAAUGUAUUAAAGAGGUGGUGAAGAUUUAAUAAACAAAAAUCAUAAGAAAAUUUAGCUCAGUUUUAAAUUUUUUAAAUAACUAAUUUUUUUAACAUCAAAUAUAAAAUGUAAAAAUAUUAUGCCAAGCAUGUUGAUAAAGGCAGAGUUUAGAUCUUUAAAGGACAUAACCAUACAAUCAGUGGAUUCCUUGACAUAUGAACUUAUUUAAUUCAAAUGUCUUAGGAAAGUAGACAUAGAAAUAGCAAAAGUCAAAUUUGAAUUCUAUUUUUAUGUAGCGAGGAAUGACGAAAGAUCACUACAAAAGUAUAGCGUCAGGUGCAGUAACAACAGUUUGCUUUAAUAACACUUUAGAUUAUACACCAGCUGAAAGUAUUUAUGACCAUUUUUUACAUGGUCUGCUAAUAAUGAUAUCAAGUCUUUAUUUUUAUCUUGAAUACUCAAAAGAAAAUUACAAGCUAUGUUAUACCUAACCGAACUUUUUUUCAUAUGAUGACAUGCAGCAUACAUAUUUCACAAGCUAAGGAUUUAAUUAAAACUUAGAGUUGGCCCUAAGUCAUUAACUAGUUAGAUUUUUGACUUUUUAUGUUGAUUCUGGAGAGGUCACCAAAAUACACAGCAAUGAAGGUGAAAGACGCGAUGUCUCUGGCAUCAAGUGAUGAGAAAUGACAGGUUGAUCCAUUAUAUUCUCCUCCAUGACAUUGAAAGACAAUUAUUACCAGUGUAGUUAAUGACAGAAUUCUGAUUGAGCUAACAGGUUUUUAGUAGGCACAAAAAGAGACUAUUGCGCACAACAAAAAUGCUGCACAUUUCCAGGAACUUGGAUGAUGAGCAGUAGAUCUACCACAGAAUCAGCCUUUAUAAUGUAUCAAAGCAGAAUUUGUGCAAUAGAUAAAAGAAACUAAAACAAUCUCUAGAUAAAUUUAACUAAAAAAAAAAGUUUUGCCAGGCUUUAUUUUGCUCUGUAGAAGGUGACAUAGUAUUGUUGCAGUCGCCGACAGUCUUCACUUAUUUUAUACUUAACAAAUGUCUGCUUGUUUAAUUCACUGAUCUGUAUACAGCUUUUCCACACUAUUUUAGUCAAUAAAGUCUAUAAACUUUGU